GUGUGUGUGUGGGUCGAGCUAACUUCGCUAACGAUGACAGACAGUUCACCAGGUGGGAACUUGAGGCCACCUACCUGUUUUUAAGUCACCAUGUGAGAUGCAUCUGGCCCAGCUGCCACGUAACACGGCUGGUUAAUGUAAUGGUGUCUGCUAGCUUUCUAACCUGACUGCUAGCUGUAACGCUACAUUGAGCCAUUGUGCGCAUCUGUCUGGAGGCAAACAAACUAACACACCCCGUAUUCCAUCAUGGCAGAUGAUGAUUUCACCACUGCAGACUCUGGGGCCUCUACAACUUACCCCAUGCAGUGCUCUGCACUGAGGAAGAAUGGCUACGUCAUGCUGAAGGGACGUCCUUGUAAGAUCGUUGAAAUGACUACUUCCAAAACUGGCAAGCAUGGGCACGCCAAGGUUCACCUGACUGGAAUUGACAUCUUUACCCAGAAGAAGUUUGAAGAUAUCUGCCCUUCUACACAUAAUAUGGACGUCCCAAAUGUCACAAGGAAAGACUUUGAUGUAAUUGAUGUCACUGAGGGUUACUUGACCCUGAUUGAUGACAGUGGGCAAACCAGAGAAGAUCUUAAAGUGCCUACAGGCGAUGUGGGCAAAGACAUCGAAAAGAAGUUCAGUGACGGAGAAUCGUUUAUGGUUACUGUGAUGCGAGCUGUGGCUGAAGAGCAUGUAGUUGCCACCAAGGCCUUGAGUUCCUGACCAAAAGUCCACGACAAUGCUGGAGACCUCAUACUCCUAUCUUCUGUAAUGGUUUUGAGGCUUCACCAAAGCUUACUGGCCUUCACCCGACAUCUCUACCAGUUUCCCUGCUGGUCAACUGAAAUCUGGAAACUGGACUGGGUCAGAUUCUGCAGCUGUAGCUCAGGCUCAGGGCUUACUGGCGUUCUCUUCAAUCAAUGAAGUUCUCCACCUUUAACCAUCACAGCUUAACUUUGCAAUGGGUGCCAAUAUUCAAGCAAUCCAUAACAUUCCUCUUACAGCAUGGGUAAUAUGUUUGUUUUUUUUAAAUUCCUUUUUUAAAAAUCAUUCAUAUUGACCAAUUUACCUGAAUGAAAUGUGCACUUCUUCAGUUGGCUGUGAACAAAUGAUAAUUUACUAUUGAGAUGCUCUGCUUUACCUUCAACUUAAACUCCCCCUUAAUAUGAUUUUAGCUCCACUAGCUCUACUCUGCUCUAAUUAAGAGAACCUAAUGACAGUAACUUCAUUGAUGGUUGAAAUAUUACUUUCUGCUUUUGACAGUUAACUCAUCUGCAUUAACAUGCACACUUAAAAUUGCCAUAUAUACAUAACUUACCAUCCAUGAAUUUAUGAGAAUGACAAAACCUCUGCAAUUUAAAUUCAGAUCUGGUUUUUCUAGCAGGGAACUCUCUUGUCUCUGCCUGCCAUUCUGAACAGAGCAGGUUUGGACAAGGGUGCUUAGGUGGGUUCAUUUUCUCUUCUAUGCUAUAAAACUUGUUGUCACUUGAGGCCUUUUUAUGAGCUGACAAAUGUAUAGAAAAUUAUUUUGAAAGAACAAAAUACUGAAUAGAUUAAUAUUAGCUGAAAACACUCUUGAAGCUUAAUUUCAACAAUUAAACUUAAUUCAAAACAAAUUUUGCAUCAUCACAAUGCUAAAGAUAAUGGUGAGAAGUCAUACUAAGUCCUGUAUAAUGCAGUCAAAUGUAGGUGGUAGUUGUGCUGUGGGUAAUCCAAGUCUCUUGAUAGCUGGCGUUGGUACCCAAGAACAGGAUAGAUAAGAGUUGCUGUUGGUCUUACAUUUUGGGUUGUAGGUAGGGGAGUGGAGGGAAAGUAUGGUAAUAGUAGCAAGUAAAUUUGGGAGUGGUAUUUUUUUUUUUGUAGGGUUUUGUGCAGAAUUUGCACUGUUAAAAAAAAAAAAGAAGGAAAAAAAAAAAGAAAUAGCUCAUGCUGAAUUGUUGACAUUAGUUUUCUUUACAUUCACAUAGAAAUCUUACUGGGAGACAUCUGUUUUAAUGGCAAAAAAAUGUGUUAAAAUGCACUUCAUAAAAGGACCAGUGUGUAAGACUUAGGGGGAACUAUUAACAGAAAUGGAAUAUAAUAUUCUCAAGUAUGUGUUCAUUAGUGUAUAAUCACCUGAAAAUAAGAAGUUGUUUUUCUUUACUUUAGAUAAGCCCUUUAUAUCUACAUAGGGAGCAGGUCCUCUUCCACAUAGGCUGCCAUGUUUCAGCGCCAUGUUUCUGCUGUUGCACAGAACGGACAAACCAAACACUGGCUCUAGAGGACUUUUUUUUUUUUUUUUGUGAACUUCAUGGCCUCUGUAGGUUCUCUUUCAAGCUUGGAAGGGAGGGGUAUACAGUUGGUUCCAGCAAUCUCACUGCUAGAUGCCUCUAAAUCCUAUACACUAGUCCUUUCACAUGGCUACUGUUCAACUUGCAUUUACAUGCAGCUGAUCGGUUAUACCCCUACCUCCUACUGUAAAUUUAAACGAAUGGAAUAGUUUAGCAAUGUAUUUGAAGCGCUGCAGCCUGAAUUUUUUGUGUUUUGGGUUUUUUUUUUUUCUCUAAUCUGAGCAUUUGGACUGAUGUAGUGGGAGCCUAGCCUCUUGUAAAGAAGCCACUCUUUGAAGAGGGCUUGUGUUAAAAAUGUACAUAUAACCUGCUGUUCAGCUGUGUAAAAUCUUUAAUUUUGGCUGCCAAGAUGCACUUCGAGUUAUAUAAUCUUUUCGCCUUCUGCACAGCAAUAACUUUCCUAUUUGAAGUCUUGUUUGUAUGCUUGUGCUCUUGUUAGAAAAUCAAGUGUAUACAGUACAUAGUCAAGAAAUCAGAUUUCUCCAGCUGAAAUCCCUCGAUCCCUUACGGCAGGUAAGGAAAGUGUUUACAUGAUGUUAUGACAUCAGGUUACUGCAAAAAAACAAUAAAGUUACUGAAGUGCAUGUAAAGGCACUGAUUGUAAUGUUGCCAUUAGAAGGUAUUCAGCUCAGCUGUCAAGUUGUCUUUUUGUACAACGGCAGGCAUUCUAUUACAUAGUUACUGUCUUCAGUCCACCUAAAGUAUUCUUUACUUUUGUCAAGACAUUAAAGUAGUACCCUGUUGUAGUGUGGACCUUUUUUGUGUUUUGUUUGUUGUUUGUUACUUCUUGUUCCAUGUUUUUAUCUGAAAAAUUACACGUUAAGUUAGGUAACAAAGAGAAAAUGGGCCUAAAGAGUUGAAAACAUAAUCUGUCUUGUGCAAAUUUCAGGCAAUGGUGUUUUGGGGUAGUAACAAAGCUCUACAGCUGUUCAGCUUGUUUGCCCAGUGAGCCAACAAGGAUCGUAGCAGUGUGCUCUGUCAUUAAUUUGGUUGUAAACAUGCCAUUGGGCCUGUGAAAAUUAAGAUUGUGUCUCUAGUACAGUCUCCUUAAAUACUACUAAAGGCUAGAUUUCCAAAAGUACCCCAAUCCUUAGUUUUCAUUUCUGAAUAUCGGAAAUGGUGCAAUUUAAUACUGAUGGUAUGAAGUUUCUCUGCUAAACAGGGUUUCCCUCCAUAUCCACAGCCCCAACAGAAGACAACAGUCUUCCUUGUAACCCUGUUACAUGCCUAUAACCAAGAUCAGAACAAUGAAGCCCUUUCUUACCCUCAGUUCCCUCCAAUUAUUAAUUACUCUAGCAUCUGAUAUGUAGCAUGAGCCACUUCCACAUGUCUUGUCAGUGAUCCUCUAUCUUUUAGCAAUCUAAAACUUGUCCCUCAUGUGGAGACCAUGUGGAGGGAGGUGGGGGUUUCCUCUGAUUCCCUCUGAGAAAAUGUUUACGCUGUUGGGAGAUGGCCCUGUUAAUGUUAGCUUCACAUGCUGUAAUUGGAAAACUAAAUGGAGUAUUAGAUAUGUUACUUUAAUGGUGUCAGCAGUCAGGACAAUAAAAGAGAUUAUCAUUGUUUUUAUUUUGAUUCUUUGGUCUCAGAAGCCAAUUCUGAUAUUGGAGAAUAAUGUUUUUUGUUUUUUCAUAUUCAACUCUGGCACCUCUCAUCAGAUAUUGUAUACUUUCUAUCUCUCUUCUUGACUGCAAGGAACAAUGAUUUAUUUGUAUGUUUAGACCAUGGGUACACUUUAUUAUGUUAAAAUGGGCAAUGUAUAAUUACUCAGCCUUGUACUACUGUAUGGUCCUGAUGUUUUCUGGGGAAGGGACUUGAGGGCACUUCUCCAGCUUGGCACAGGUGUCUUUUUCUCCCAUUAAUGUAUGAUGAUCAUAAGUUUCCAGGGGAAAUCUGACAUUGAGCUUCUUCUGGAGCAUAAAGAUGCAUUGUAAAGGGACUUGGGCUCUUCUCCUCUCUGUUUUAUCUAGUAUGGCUGUUAUCUUCAGAAUCACAACUGUCCCUGUUUUUAUUAUGUAGGCAAAAUAAAGUUCUUUCAAAUGUUA